AUGUUCAAACUUAUUUUUGUUGUUUUCAUUUGUCUAAGUCAAGUUACCUGUCAAACAGUCGUUUUUGAAUAUGAUGACGAUGUCACGAACUAUUAUGAUUCAUAUACGGGCAAGGUAGAUCUCUUCAACGUAUGCAUGAAAGUAUAUCAAGAAGUCUUCUAUCCAUUGGUAUCCAAUCCUAUCCUUAUAAAGAACAUAACAGCUCAGUCUCUCUACAAGUCUGUAGAACAGGCUAUGCAUGAUAUCCAUCCAAACGUCCAAUUUGCUUGGAACAAUAUGACUUCUAGUCUGAGAGAAAGAGCCCAAACAUUACCAUCACCAAAGUUAACUCAAUUCGCUGAAUGCCUAAUCGAUGAAGCUGUAAAUGGCAAUAUCUUCUAUUACUUCAUCAAAGACAAAAUUCUAUUAUGGUCAAUUCAACAAAUCAACAAAAUCGGAUAUGAAGCUCUAUACCGUAUUUGGUAUUACGAGCAUAACAUAUCUGCUGAUGUAUAUGGAAUAGUUGAAAACUACUACAACAUUUCAAGUUUAGAUGCGACAUUCAGGAACUACAUAAACAUAGAUAAAGAGAAUUAUUUAUACAAAGCAGAAGAGCUCUAG